AUGGCUCACGCCAUCAGGGCGAUUCGAGAGAAACUCGAUGAUAUCAAGAAUGACAGGGAGUUCCACUUGGAGGAGCUUGCUGAGGAGCAAGCUGUCCCUUUGGAGACGGACCCAUGCCCACCGAUGAUUGUUGUUGGGAGAGAAGCUGAUAGAGCUGAAAUCGUUCGGCAUCUAGUGCACAGUGAUGGUGAAGAAGCUAAUGUCUCUGUGGUCCCAAUUGUUGGGAUGGGCGGAUUGGGGAAGACUACUGUUGCUCAGCUCGUGUUCGACGACGAGGCAGUUAAGGCAUGCUUCGGAGUAAGAGUUUGGGUCUAUGUCUCGCAGAGCUUUGAUGUCAAAGGGAUUCUUGAAAAAAUGUUGCAAUACAUGACUGGUGAGAGCCAAGCAGGUCUUCAGUUGGCUGUUCUGCAGGAGAAGCUUCGUGAGAAGAUGAGAGCCAAAAGGUUUUUGGUUGUAAUGGAUGAUGUCUGGGAGAAGAAUGCUAGAGGCUGGGAAGACUUGGCAAAGUAUUCGAUGGUUGGUGCCAUUGGGAGCAAGGUAUUGGUGACCACUCGAUCCAGUAAAGUGGCUGAGGUUGGCACAAUGUUGAUGCCGUACUACUUGGGAGGCUUGUCGCCGGACGAGUCUUGGGAUUUGCUGGUGAGAAAGGCUCUUCAUGGAGAAGUUCAGCAGAGCCUGGAUGUUGAGAGAACCGGGAGAGAAAUACUGAAGAAAUGUUGUGGAGUUCCUCUUGCUAUAAGCACAAUUGCUGGUCUGUUGAGGUCGAAAGAUCCGAAAACUGACUGGCCGUUGUUUCUAGAUGACGAGCUCUCGAACAUAUCUGAAGGGGAAAACCAUAUCAUGUCAACCCUUCGUUUAAGUUUCAACCAUCUUCCUACAAAGCUUAAGCACUGCUUUUCUUACUGCAAACUGUUUAAGAAGGGUGAUGCCCUUGAUGUUCAAAGGUUGGUACACCUUUGGAUGGCACAAGGGCACGUUGAGUCAGAAGAUGAGGGAUUGGAUUGUUUCAAGACGCUGUGCUGGAGGUCAUUUUUCCAAGAAGUGAAGGCCAAACUAGAGUGUCAAUUCACAUACAAUAAACAAGUCAAAAACCUUAAUUAA